AUGGCAUACAGUCCCGAAUUCGUUAAGGCAAUGAUUCAAAGUAAUCAACUCCAUUUUGGCCACCUAAAAAAUCCAGCCGCCGAACUUGUGACACCACCAGUUUGGCUAGCAAAUUUCAAGGACGGCCAUGGAGGAACUGGUCCUCUUUAUCUAGUUGGUAGACUUGGUCAAAAGCCAGUCUACCGAACUACCAACGCGGUAACUCACCACAUUUGGCUCCCUCCCUGUGAUAUUGUCCAAACCGACAUUAUCAUCCCCGGCACCGUCCCAGCAUUAAUUAAAUUUAUGGACGAUGCCGAAGAAGAACAUGAACCCCAAGAUGGUCACGGCAACAACACCUAUCAUCUUGAUUGA